CAAACCGGCUCGCUCUCGCGUUGCAUGUGUCGAUCGCUCUCCCCGCGACGCCAUGGCGGCGCCGCCUCCUCAGGCCCAAAACCCUAGCGACUGCAGCAGCGGCAGCGGCGGCAGGAGGAUCAGGCUCCUCCCCGGUGACCACCUCUUCUCCACGCUGGCCCCCUACCUCGGCUUCGCCGACCACCUCGCUCUCCGCCUCGUCUCCCGCUCCUGGCGCUUCUUCUGCCGCCGCGUCGGCCGCUCGCCGCCGCCGUUCCCCUGGCUCAUGCUCCCGCAGCCCGCCUCCGCUGGCGGGCCCUCCUCCGCGCGGCACGCGCCGGCUCCUGCCUCCGUGCGCCGCCAGUUCUACGACAUCCCCGGCGGGCGGGCCUACGCGUACGACAUCCCGGGGGAGGGGUACUAUCGCUGCGUCGCGUCGUCCACCUUCGGGUGGCUCGUGCUCGUCGCGGUGGAUGCGCCGCCGCGCCGCCUCCUGCUCGUGAACCCCCUUGACCCCGGCACGCGGAUGGUGGUGUCGUGGCCGUUUGGGGACAAGCAGUGCGCCGACACGGGGCGGCUGCACGCGGCCCUCGCCCCGUACCCGGACGACCGCCGGCACAUGUGCUUCCUCGUCCUCGCCACGGACCGGCUCCUCGCCUACUGCGGCCCCGGCGACGGCGGGGCAUGGCGCAGCCUGCGCGUGCCGGGGUUCCGCUACGACGCGGCGGGCAGCGACAUGGUCGUCGUGGGCAGCAUGGUGUACCUGGUCGACGGCAGGGGGAAGAUCUGGCGCGCCGACCUCGCGGACCCGGAGCCCAAGGUGGAGCGCCGCAAUCCGGCCUUCCCGCUCCCAUCCGGCAGCGAGAUCGGCGUCACACGCCGUCACUACCUGGUCGAGUCGCUCGGGCACGUCCACCUCGUCGUGCUCUCUGGCGGCGACAGUGAGCACCGCUGCCGCGUGGCGCUCUUCAGGCUGGACUGGGACAGGAAGGCGUGGGCGCGGGAGGAUUGCGCGCGCGGCAAUCGCGUCCUGCUGCUGGGCCGCGGCUGCUCGGCCUCCGUGCCGGCGGCGCCCGCCCGCCGCCCGCCCGGCAUGGUGCUGUUCGCGCACCAGCCUUCGUUGAUCCCCGUCGCAGGUGGCGGGGGUAGCGCGUGGUUCUGGGUGGAGUCGUGGGUGGACCACGACCUACCGGUGCUGAAGAAGAAGACGCAGCACCAGGAAGGCGAGUUCACCAACGGCGACUCGUUCUGGUUCUUCCCGGCCAUGUUACCAGAUGUAACCGCUACCGUCAUGAGGUAGCCCGUAGCUUAGUUUAAAGCCCAUCUUA